UUUUCCCUCAUAUUUGCAUUCUCGCUUCGCUUUGCGUCUCUCUCUCUCUCUCUCUCUCUCUCUUUCUCUCUCUUGCUCUAACCCCACCCUAAUAGAGUCGCUUUGUCUUAUGUUUUAAUUUUAAUUUUAAUUUUUUGGUUUUUUAAUUUUAAUUCUAAAUUUUUUUUCUCAGUCUCUCUUUUAUAUACGAGGGAAGCUCUAAAAGAGGAAAACACGACAAAUGCCUUUUAGAUAGAUAAAAGAACCCGUCUUGACCGGCUUGAAGACAUAGUUUGUUUGUAUGCAUUUACAUAUGAAAUGGGUUCUCGAGGAAGACUAUUACUUGAUCUCAAUGAACUCCCUACCGAGGAUAACGAGGAGAGUGACGGUGUCUUGUGCUUCCAGCUGCAAAAGGCACUUCCAUCUACAAAUCCCCCUACUACUGAUGGGCUUGCUGUAACUUCAGUCUCCCAAGGAAUAAAAAAUAACCAUGCUUUUUCACAUGCAUCUUCUGUAUCUGGAUUCCAGCCCUUUGUUCGAUCUAAAUCUGCUCAUGGCCAUGAAGUGGGUGCUGAAAAAAAGGCGAGAUAUCAGAAUUCCCAAAAUGCCUCAUCUUCUAAGUCAAAUAAUAAUGAGGAGAUGAAAGCGGUAACAUCACUAGUUUCUGGUCCUGCAGAUGUUCCAUCUGUGGAGAGAGAAGAAGGAGAAUGGUCCGAUGCUGAGGGCUCUGCUGAUGCCUACGAGAACAGUAAUCUGCGAGAACAGAGUAAAGCUUCUCAAGAGCAAGUAUUGUCAGGGGCAGUGUUUCUUUCUGCUUCAGGUGUUGGUGGUGAUGGUAGUUCUUUGAGUGAGAAAGUUUCUGAAGUUACCAGGGAUGAAAGUAGCAGUAAUACUUCUUUAGGAGUAGAUCCAAUCCCCAAUUAUCAAAGUAGUAAAAUCAGCCGCAACUUGGAGACCAAUAUAAAAGGUGAUGUAUCCAUGGAUUCUCAAGAGGAAUCUGGCCUCGCUCCAAAACAAAGAGAAGUUAGGGGUAUUGAAGCUAGCCAUGCACUAAAGUGUGCAAAUAAUCCAGUUAAGAGGAAGAUGGACCAACAUAAUGAAGCAAAGCUGGGAAAGAAACGUAAUAGGCAGACCGUGUUUCUUAAUUUGGAAGAUGUUAAGCAAGCUGGUCCUAUGAAAACUUCGACCCCAAGAAGACAGGCCUUUUCGUCAAGUAUUUCAACUCGUUCUGUGAAGGAAGUCCGUGCUGUUCCUUCUUCCGAACGCAUUGGAGAAAAGCAGAAUCAGUCAAUAAUUAAGGAACAGAAACAAGUUGAUGCUUUAUCUGUUGAAGGGGGAACUACUAUGGAUUCUAUUGAAUUGAGGUCUGAAAGCAAUGGUGAUACAAAUUCUGGAUUACUAGGUAGGCCUAGGAGGCUGAAUGGUGACAAUGAUGUUGCUGCUGAGGCACUACCACCAAUUCCAAGACAGAGUUCAUGGAAACAGCCAAGUGAUUUGAGACAACUUAAGAAUUCACAGGGUACAAAUAGGAAGCCAACUCUGGUCAGUCAAAGUUCUAUGGAUUUGAAAAUGGGAAACAAGAAGCUUCUUCCAGCCAAGAAGCAAACAAUCAAUAACUCAUACCAAGAUACGUCAGUGGAGCGUCUUAUCCGGGAGGUCACCAAUGAAAAGUUUUGGCAUCACCCUGGUGAAACUGAGCUUCAGUGUGUUCCCGGUCGAUUUGAAUCUGUGGAGGAGUAUGUCAAAGUAUUUGAGCCACUGCUGUUUGAGGAAUGCAGGGCGCAGCUUUACAGUACUUGGGAGGAAUUGACUGAGACAGUUUCAAGAGAUACUCAUGUAAUGGUCCGAGUAAAGGGUAUUGACAGGCGAGAAAGAGGAUGGUAUGAUGUAGUAGUCCUACCAGCAAAUGAGUGCAAGUGGACAUUUAAGGAGGGUGAUGUUGCUAUUCUUUCAUCCCCCAGACCUGGAUCAGCCAGAUCCAAGCGCAGCACCUCUUCUUUAGCUGAAGAUGAUGAAGAGCCUGAAAUCAGUGGACGGGUGGCUGGUACCGUCAGGCGACAUAUUCCUAUUGACACUCGUGAUCCUCCAGGGGCAAUUCUUCAUUUUUAUGUUGGGGACUCAUAUGAAUCAAACAGCUUGGUCGAUGAUGAUCAUAUUCUGAGAAAACUGCAGCCUAAAAGUAUUUGGUAUCUGACCGUGCUUGGUUCUCUUGCAACCACUCAGCGGGAGUAUGUCGCACUUCAUGCAUUUCGUCGUCUAAAUUUGCAGAUGCAAGCUGCGAUACUUCAGCCCAGUCCUGAACACUUCCCAAAAUAUGAACAGCAGACUCCUGCCAUGCCAGAAUGCUUCACACAGAACUUUGUUGAUCAUUUGCAUAGAACCUUCAAUGGCCCCCAGUUAGCAGCGAUCCAGUGGGCUGCUAUGCAUACAGCUGCUGGUACUAGUGGUGGGAUGACAAAGAGGCAAGAUCCAUGGCCCUUCACACUUGUUCAAGGACCACCUGGAACUGGUAAGACACACACUGUCUGGGGAAUGUUAAAUGUCAUCCAUCUGGUUCAGUAUCAACAUUAUUACACUUCUUUGCUUAAGAAACUAGCUCCUGAAAGUUAUAAGCAAGAUAAUGAGAGCAACUCUGACAAUGUGGCCACGGGAUCAAUUGAUGAGGUUCUUCAAAGCAUGGACCAGAAUCUCUUCCGUACUCUUCCAAAGCUCUGCCCAAAGCCUAGAAUGUUAGUUUGUGCUCCUUCUAAUGCUGCUACUGAUGAGCUGCUUGCUCGUGUGCUUGACCGUGGAUUCAUUGAUGGUGAGAUGAAAGUUUAUCGUCCUGAUGUAGCCCGUGUUGGGGUUGAUUCACAGACACGUGCUGCCCAGGCAGUCUCUGUUGAGCGGAGAACUGAACAGCUUUUGGUGAAGAGUCGAGAGGAAAUAUAUGGAUGGAUGCACCAGUUAAAAACUCGUGAAGCUCAGUUGUCGCAGCAGAUUACUAGUCUUCAAAGAGAUCUUACUGUUGCAGCUGCUACUGUUCGUUCCCAGGGAUCAGUUGGUGUAGAUCCAGAUGUUCUUGUGGCUCGAGACCAGAACCGAGAUGCACUGUUGCAGAACCUUGCAGCGGUUGUGGAAGGUAGGGACAAAAUUCUAGUUGAGCUGUCUCGUCUUUUCAUUUUAGAAGGCAAGUUCCGAGUUGGCACCAACUUCAAUUUAGAAGAAGCUCGAGCUAAUCUUGAGGCUAGUUUUGCCAAUGAGGCUGAGAUUGUUUUUACUACUGUGUCCAGCAGUGGUCGCAAGUUGUUCUCUCGUCUUACUCAUGGUUUUGAUAUGGUAGUAAUUGAUGAGGCAGCCCAAGCCAGUGAAGUGGGUGUUCUUCCUCCCCUUUCUCUUGGUGCUGCACGAUGUGUUCUUGUUGGGGAUCCUCAGCAGCUUCCUGCAACAGUUAUUAGCAAGGCAGCUGGAACUUUGUUAUACAGUAGAAGCCUUUUUGAGAGAUUCCAGCAAGCAGGAUGCCCAACAAUGUUGUUGUCUGUGCAGUAUAGGAUGCAUCCUCAAAUACGUGAUUUCCCUUCAAGGUACUUCUACCAAGGACGCCUUACUGACAGUGAAAGUAUUGUUAACUUACCUGAUGAGAUAUAUUAUAAGGAUUCUUUACUGAGACCUUACAUAUUUUAUGACAUCACUCAUGGGAGAGAGUCUCAUAGAGGUGGAUCUGUCUCGUAUCAGAACAUACAUGAAGCACAGUUUUGUCUUCGUCUAUAUGAGCAUCUUCAGAGGACCACAAAAUCUUUGGGGGUGGCUAAAAUCUCAGUUGGCAUAAUUACACCAUACAAGCUGCAAUUGAAAUGUCUCCAACGUGAGUUUGAGGAUGUUCUUAAUUCGGAAGAAGGCAAAGAUUUAUAUAUUAACACUGUAGAUGCUUUCCAAGGCCAGGAACGUGAUGUGAUUAUCAUGUCCUGUGUGCGCGCUUCAAAUCAUGGGGUUGGCUUUGUUGCGGAUAUUCGCCGUAUGAAUGUUGCUCUGACCCGUGCAAGAAGGGCUCUUUGGGUCAUGGGAAAUGCUACCUCUUUAAUGAAAUCUGAUGACUGGGCUGCAUUGAUUGCUGAUGCCAAAGGUAGGAACUGUUACAUGGACAUGGACUCUAUCCCCAAAGAUUUGCUGGUAUCAAAAGGACCUUCUUACACACCACUACCAGGGAAGGUUUUAUCUAAUAUGAGAGGUUUGAGGUCUGCUGGACCAAGAAAUAGAUCAUUGGAUAUGCACAUGGAGUCUAGAUCAGGAACACCAUCCGAAGAUGAUGAGAAGUCAAAUUCAUCAAUAAUUUCUAGGAAUGGAAAUUACCGUUCCUUAAAGCCACCAUUGGAGAAUUCCUUGGAUGACUUUGACCAGUCGGGUGAUAAAUCUAGGGAGGCCUGGCAAUAUGGCAUACAAAAGAAGCAAAGUUCUGGUGUUAUGGCGAAGAGGGAAAUCUAGGUGUUGAUAAUUGUCGAAUACUGAUUGUGCUCUAAGGGGAAGCUUCAUGGCUUGUAUUCUUUGUGAUGCCUUCGCUCAUGAUGCCUGUUAGAAAGCUCCUAAAGCAUUAGCUGUGGAUGGUGAUAUGAAGGAGCUGGAGACAUAACAGGCCAGUUGUGCCAAAAGCUGGUUGCUUUUGCAGAAUAUCUGCUUUGGUUGAAUUGAUUCCUAUAAUCUAUUGCAAGGAGCUGGAUGCUUUUGGGGGUAGAUAGUGGAAAAUCAUACCACCCUUAAUCCACCAGCUUACAGCCUUCGAAGGAAUCUCAUUGUUGGCGUCAGCAACCUUUCUAUCUGCUGGGAGCCUUGAGCUGCAGCCUCUUUUUUAUUGAAAACGAGGGGUUGUUUGUAUGGUAGGGUUAGCAAUUCAAGUAGAAAGUUCACAUUGGAAAAGAUGCUAUGUACAUUUUUUGGACGUGCAAAUGCGUCGGCAUGACUAGCGACGGGGGUUUAUCUACGACUACAAUUCUAGUUGGGGUUUUUGAAUCUUCUUUAUUCCUGUUGUUAUACACGUGACAGAUAAACAUUACUAGAAAAUUCUGUAUAGAAAUGGGAAAUAUUACAGAAUUUGUUUAGAGAAACCUAAUGUUGAAGAGGCAUUUGUGGUGUCAAACUGACUUGUACAUACAUCUUCAAUUGUAAAAUUCAUAAAUUCUUUUUA